AUGCGUCUCGUCCAGUGUGGCUCUCGUUUCCUUACGGAUACAGAGACUCGCUACGCCACCAUAGAGCUGGAGCUACUUGCAGUCACUUGGGCUAUAGCUAAGUGCCGCCUAUACUUGUCUGGACUUCAACAUUUCACCUUAAUGACUGACCAUCGCCCCUUGAUACCAAUUCUCAAUCACAUCUACACUUUGGAUGCUAUUGAGAAUCCACGCCUCAAGAUGAAAGUGGCCCCCUACAUCUUCACUGCAGUAUGGCGCGCAGGGAAACAACUUUGCAUACCAGACGCCCUGUCUCGCUCCCCAACCAGUCGCCCCACACCUGAAGAUGAAGAAGAGUGCACUACUUCGACUGCACAUGUCAGGCGUAUCGUUGCCAGCACCGCCACUUCCACUGACGACCAGGCAACAGGACCCAUCAUCGAAGAAGACAAGUCUCUACAAGAAAUCCGCACGGCCGCAUCCCAGGAUCAAGAUUACAGUCGUCUCAUUCACUAUGUCUCCAACGGUUUUCCUACCAACCGCUAUGAUCUCCACACUUCCGCCCUCCCGUAUUGGAAGCUGCGGGACAACCUUUACGCGGAUGGAGAGUUAGUAUUGUAUGGACCCCGGAUCGUCAUCCCUGCAGCCCUCCGUAGACGCACCUUGGAUCGACUCCACGACAGCCAUCGAGGGAUUGAAGCUACUCGACGUCGUGCAAUGCAGACAGUAUUCUGGCUAGGUAUCAAUGCAGAUAUUAAGAGUAAAGUAGAAAGCUGUGAGGCCUGCCAACAGCUUCUUCCCAUUCAGCAACAAGAGCCUUACAUGUGUGAUGACCAUCCAUCCUGGCCCUUCGAAAGUGUGUCAGCUGACUUCUUCCACGUAGCAGGGAAAUCCUUCCUUGUUAUUGCUGAUAGACUUUCAGGCUGGCCUGUGGUUGUUCCCUGUGGACGUGACACAACUGCAGCCAGAGUUACAAGAAUGUUCUGUGUUUUCUUCCGCGAGGUUGGUGUUCCACUCCGCUUACGAACUGAUGGAGGACCCCCAUUUUCCAGCCAUGACUUCAAGCAAUUUGCUGACCGCUGGGGAGUUCAUCACAUCAUCACUUCUCCACAUUACCCUCAGGCUAAUGGACAUGCAGAAGCUGCAGUGAAAGCUGUUAAACAUCUUAUCAUCUAG